UUCUCAACAUAAGGCAGCCUCAUAUUGGUCCAGAGUGUCAAUCUCACCCCAUCAGCAUCCCAUUCUCCCCCCGUUACUUUGUUUAAUUCCAGUCCCUAAGUUUCGCUCACUGCUCCAGCCAUGGCUCUGAUGGCAGGUGUAAUCCGGCGGUUGGAUGAGACUGUGGUGAACCGCAUCGCAGCUGGAGAGGUCAUCCAAAGACCAGCCAAUGCCAUUAAGGAGAUGAUGGAGAACUGCUUGGAUGCCAAAGCUACUAGUAUCCAGGUGACAGUUAAGGAUGGUGGUCUGAAAUUAAUCCAGAUACAAGACAAUGGGUGUGGUAUUAGAAAGGAAGACAUGGAUAUUGUCUGUGAGAGAUUUACAACAAGUAAAUUGCAGACAUUUGAAGAUCUAGCUAGUAUUUCUACAUACGGGUUUAGAGGCGAGGCUCUGGCUAGUAUAAGUCAUGUUGCCCAUGUAACCAUAACAACUAAAACAAGUGAUGCAAAGUGUGCGUACAGGGCAAGCUAUUCUGAUGGAAAAUUGAAAGCCACACCCAAACCUUGUGCUGGAAACCAGGGAACUCAGAUUACAGUUGAAGAUCUAUUUUACAACGUAGCCACCAGGAGGAAAGCUUUAAAGAAUCCUAGUGAAGAAUAUGGAAAAAUAUUGGAAGUCGUUAGCCGAUAUGCUGUUCAUAAUUCUGGCAUCAGCUUUUCAGUUAAAAAGCAAGGUGAAACAGUAGCAGAUGUCAGAACGCUGUCGAAUGCAACAAUAGUAGACAAUAUUCGGUCCAUCUUUGGGAAUGCGGUUAGCAGAGAGUUGAUUGAAGUGGGCUGUGAAGAUGAAACACUGGCUUUUAAAAUGACAGGCUGUGUUACCAAUGCAAACUAUUCAAUGAAGAAAUGUACCUUUUUGCUUUUCAUAAAUCAUCGACUGGUUGAGUCAAGUGCUUUGCGGAAAGCAAUAGAAACUGUAUAUGCUGCCUAUUUACCCAAAAAUACACAUCCGUUCUUGUACAUAAGCCUUGAAAUAGCCCCCCAGAAUGUAGAUGUGAAUGUGCAUCCCACAAAGCAUGAGGUCCAUUUCCUUCAUGAAGACCACAUCUUGGAGCAUGUGCAGCAGCAUAUAGAGAACAAAUUGUUGGGCUCAAACUCCUCAAGGAUGUAUUUCACCCAGACCUUGCUUCCAGGUAUUACUGCCUCUUCCACUGAUGUUGUGAAACCUGCAAGUUCUUCUUCAGCUAACCAGGGGAUAGGAGACAAAGUCUAUGCCCGUCAGAUGGUCCGCACCGAUUCCAGAGACCAGAAACUAGAUGCUUUCCUUCAGCCAGCUGAUAAAUCUAAGACUUCUGGACUUGCUGCAAUGGCAGCAGGGGAAAGCAAUAGCAAGCAGACCUGCAAGGAGAUUGGACCACAAGAUGCUGAGAUGGAAGAAUGCAGUGACUUUAAUGUAAGAACUACAAGAGUGGAAACUGUGCAGAAACCAGAAGGGACAAUGGAAAGACAACAGACGUCUCCUGAAGAUACACAUGCUAGCAAAAAACAGCGAAUAGAUGGUGAUGUGGAAAUGGAGGAAGAUGCAAGACGGGACCUGACUGCUGCUUGCACCCCUAGAAGGAGAAUUAUUAACCUGACAAGUGUUUUAACCCUUCAAGAAGAAAUUAGUAACCAGGCUCAUGCAGGCCUUCAAGAGAUGCUUCGCAAUCACUCCUUUGUUGGAUGUGUUAAUCCUCAGUGGGCACUAGCGCAGUAUCAGACAAAACUGUAUCUUUUGAAUACCACAAAACUCAGUCAAGAAAUGUUCUACCAGAUCCUUGUUUACGACUUUGGAAACUUUGGUGUUCUGAGGUUGUCAGAACCUGCUCCUCUCUAUGAUCUAGCCAUGCUAGCCUUGGAGAAUGCUGAAAGUGGUUGGACAGAAGAAGAUGGUCCAAAAGAAGGCCUUGCUGAAUACAUUGUUGACUUUCUAACAAAGAAAAGCGAAAUGCUGAAAGACUACUACUCACUUGAAAUUGAUACGGAUGGGAAUCUUACAGGAUUACCGCUUCUGAUAGAUAAUUAUGUCCCCUUGUUGGAAGGUUUACCUAUGUUUGUUCUUCGACUGGCCACAGAGGUAAACUGGGAUGAAGAAAAAGAAUGCUUUGAAAGUCUCAGUAAGGAGUGUGCUUUGUUGUAUUCCAUUAGAAAGCAGCAUAUAAUGGAUGAGUCGGAUCUUGAUGUUCAACAGGCUGACAAAUUGGGACCUAAUAUGCACUCAUGGAAAUGGACAGUGGAACACGUGCUUUACAAAGCUUUUAAGGCAUAUCUUUUGCCUCCUAAGAACUUUACAGAAGACGGCAACAUUUUGCAGCUUGCUAAUCUACCAGACUUGUACAAAGUCUUUGAGAGGUGUUAAAUAUAAAUGUAUGAAUAAAGGAUCACACCUAUUUAUUAA